CCCUGGAGUCUCAAAAUGAGAAAGGUUUGUGUGGUUUUUGUGAUUUUAUGCAUUAGUGUAUUCAGUCUUCAAAAGACAGAAAGAGCCAACCAGAAAUGUCUCUUGGAGCUGAUUAUGAUCGUGAAGGACGAAGCUGCGUCCAUCCAAAAGACUGUGUUGAGCGUGAAAGGCAUUGUUGAUCGUUACUGUAUUCUCGACACAGGGUCGACAGAUAAUACGACUGCAUUAAUCAAGGAGGCCUUCGGUACAACGCCAGGAUCCAUUUACUCGGAACCUUUUGUUGAUUUCGCAACGACACGAAAUAGAGUUAUGGAACUUGCUGGAAAGGAGUGCCAGUACACGUUAAUGCUGAGUGGAGACGAGUACCUCCGAAACGGACAGAAAUAUCCAAAUCACUCCUCUUUUCACUUUCCUUAA